AUGGUGGGUUGUGUAUCUGUAGGUGCUCUGUUUAGGCCCCAUUGCCAUCACAGAGUUGUGAAGGAUCCCACCGACCAGACCGCUGCCAAGAGACAUGUCCUGUACAUUGCCUCCCACUUGAAUCCAGCUUUGACCAUUAUUGGCAAGUAUUUCUAUAAGAGGCGACCACUGGCUAAUGGACCGGUCAUGGCAGGCAGCCCUGUGUUCCCCUCUACUCUGGCUCCCCUCAAUCAGGCUCUCUUUGAUAUUUUUGGCUGGAGAGGAAGCUUUCUAAUUCUUGGGGGCCUCCUACUAAACUGCUGUGUAGCUGGAGCCCUGAUGCGACCAAUAGGGCUGCCACCAACCAGUGCAGGGAAAGAUAGGUCUAAAGUAUCCCUUCAGGAAGCUGGAAAAUCUGACGAGAAAAAGGGAACAGGUGAUACAAAUACAGACUUUAAUGGCAGAAACCCUAAAGAAGAGAAACCAUUGGUUUUUCAAACAGUUGAGAAACAGUUGGACUUAUCCCUGUUUAGCCACAGAGGCUUUCUACAAUACCUCUCUGGGAAUGUGAUCAUGGUUUUUGGGCUGGCUACUCCUUUAGUCUUUCUUAAUAGUUAUGCCAAGAGUCAACAUUACUCUAGUGAGAAGUCUGCCUUCCUUCUUUCUAUUCUGUCUUUUCUCAAUAUUAUAGCCAGACCUUCUAUGGGACUUGUAGCCAACACCAAGUGGAUAAGACCUCGAGUUCAGUAUUUUUUUGCAGCUUCUAUUGUUGCAAGUGGAGUGUGUCAUCUACUAGCACCUUUAUCCUCUAGCUACACUGGGUUCUGUGUCUAUGUGGGCUUCCUUGGAUUUGCAUUUGGAUGGCUCAGUUUGGUGUUAUUUGAAACACUGAUGGACCUCAUUGAAUCCCAGAGGUUCUCCAGUGCCGUGGGAUUGCUGACCAUUGUGGAAUGCUGUCCUGUCCCCCUGGGGCCACCACUUUUAGGUCGUCUGAAUGACAUCUAUAGAGACUACAAAUACGCCUACUGGGCAUGUGGCGUGAUCCUAAUUAUUGCAGGCAUCUAUCUCUUCAUUAGCAUGGGCAUCAAUUAUCAACUUGUGGCAAAAGAGCAGAAAGCAGAGAAGCAGCAAGAGAAGAAGCCAAGAGAAGUUAUUAAAGCAGCAGAAUCUAUAGAAUAG